GCCCGUGGCACGCCAGCAGCACUGCACGCAGGUGCGCGGCGACUCAUGAAGGAGCUGCAGGACAUCGCGCGCCUCAGCGACCGCUUCAUCUCCGUGGAGCUGGUGGACGAGAGCCUGUUCGACUGGAACGUGAAGCUGCACCAGGUGGACAAGGACUCGGUGCUGUGGCAGGACAUGAAGGAGACCAACACCGAGUUCAUCCUGCUCAACCUCACCUUCCCUGACAACUUCCCCUUCUCGCCGCCGUUCAUGCGGGUGCUCAGCCCGCGCCUGGAGAACGGCUACGUGCUGGACGGCGGCGCCAUCUGCAUGGAGCUGCUCACGCCGCGCGGCUGGUCCAGCGCUUACACGGUGGAGGCCGUCAUGCGCCAGUUUGCUGCCAGCCUGGUCAAGGGCCAGGGGCGCAUCUGUAGAAAGGCUGGCAAAUCAAAGAAGUCCUUCAGUCGCAAGGAAGCGGAAGCCACCUUUAAGAGUUUGGUGAAGACACAUGAAAAGUACGGCUGGGUCACCCCACCAGUCUCCGAUGGCUGAUGUUUGCAACGAGGCCUCUCCACACUCAGACACCCGCCAUCUCCUCCUCCACGCUGAGCAUCCUCCAUCCUUUUUUACUCCAGCGGAACUGAAUCCUGAAUGCCAAGGAGACAUUUAAGUUAUUUAUGAACAGAUGUGUUUACAGGGAGAAAGAGGGAGCAAAAGCUGUUCGGGAUUAAGUUUCGAUCAUAAAUGAAUGAUCAUCUCUAAGUCACUUUAGAACAAAUGUUGAGCUGGUGACAUUUCCCUGCCCACCUGCCCCUCCACCUGGUCCCAUUGCCCUUAGCUUCUUUCCAUAACAGCAGCUCCAAAGAGCAGGCAGGAAACUCGACGCCCGCGGCUUGACCCAUUUCCGUGUCCGUGGCACCGCUCAUAUUCCCUAGGAGCGCCCUGCACCGCCGGUACAUGUUCGCUGUGCCCUCUAUCUCUGUUUCUCUCCCUGGCAGGGCAGCAUCACUUACAGAUGUGUCUUUCCAUGGCCCCCUGUGACAACAUGUAGACCUCAUUUGUGCUAUGACCUUUGGCUCAUGAAAACAAAAAUUUAAUAUUGCAGGUUCUAGUGAUUUCAAACUGCCCUCUUGGUUCAGAUGUGCUCUCUGUGCUGGUGGGGUGGUGGCCACAGAGAAGCCAGCGCCCUUAGGUGAGAGGCAGGGCUGCUGUGGCCUCAGUGGGGCACACAACCCUGCAGACGCCAGGUGUGCACUCCCUGGGGCUCAGAGCAAAGUGUGGGGACACGUGGACAGUCUCUUCCGAUAUCCUGAGAUGCUCCUCCGACAGCCGGUUUCUGUUCCUGUCUUCUCUCUGCUGGUCAACCCACCACCAAAAACGAAAGACAGUUUUCCACUCACGAAAGUCAUCGGACUCAUUUUAUCAUGUGUGCUAGUGACAGGGAAUGCCAGAACUGCCAAAGGAUACCAAGUGAUCGUACGACGACUUGCAUGACCGGGUUUAAUUCUUCACCCUGUAGUCACUUGUGUGUCCCCCUGAGGCUGGGAUGCGUGAGCACCCCGCUGUGAUAUAAACUUCCUGUUAUUUAAUCUGCCCACAGUUUCAUUUCUGUCUUCUGUUAAGUUACUUAGAACUUUCUAAGGAACUCCAUGAGAUGAAGAAAUACUGUUUAUAAUCAUACGCAGGAAGAGGAAAAAUAUUCACCCCAAGUGGAAAAUCUUACUGGACACAUUUGAAAUAAAAUCAUGCAUACCUGAAA